CAAAAGAGGGUGUGGCACUUUGCUUUGCUGUUUACUGAACGGCGGAACUGAGACAGAGAAAACUCAAGUCUGUAUAAUUUAUAAGCUUCAAUAUAAUUAUAAUGGCUACUGAACAAGACUCAGAUGCUCAAAAGAAGCUAGCCGAGGACUUAUACCAGGCUGUACGCAGUGAUGAUGUCACCAAAGUUAGGUCCCUGUUGGGACAGGGGGCAGACCCCAACCAACAGCUCUACUGGAGUGACGAGUGGGCGGAAAAGCUGCCUCCAUUACACUGGGCUUGCCUGAGGGGCUACCUUGAGAUUGUAAAGACACUUGUUACUCAUGGAGCUCAUACUGAAGAUUUGAAGGAUGUUGACAACUGGACCUCUCUCCACAAUGCAUGCUGCAGUGGACACAAAGAUGUGGUGCAGUACUUGGUGGAGAAGGCCAACUGUGAUAUCAGUGUAACUGACGAUGAUGGUGAGACUCCUCUUGACUUUGCUACACAGGCAGGUCACACUGAAAUUGCGGACUACCUCAAGUCUCUACCACAACAAUCUGCUGUGACUGGAGACACUGACUCCAGGAGUGACGAGAAUGGACCACCACCGACAAAGAAACGAAAAAGUGGCCAGCCAGUGACUCUGAGAGUGUGUCCUAACUGUGAGGAGAGCUGUCACAUUCGCUGCAAGAAAUGUCCCGAAUGUGAGCACGAGUUUCCUCCUUCCACUAAGAGCAGGGCCAAACCUGACCAGGAUAUUGUGAAAAACCCUUCAAACCUACUGCAGAUACUUCAGAAAAAGGUUGACCAACUGUCUCUGUUAGGAUUUGACAUUGUCGUACUAGUGCACAGAGAUUCAAGCAAAUCACAUGACUCCUCUACCACGUCACAUGACACGCCCAGUCGCUCACGCCACACCUACAGGAAGUUUGUCACCUCCGGACUGGCCGAGAGCUUUGUUGAAUCUCCUCUGGUGUACGGCAGUUGGAAAGAUUUCUGUAGUUCUGACAAGACCUCAACUGGACACGCUCAGAAAUCCAAGAACAAAACUAACCCACGAAAGAAAAAAGGAGUACAAACGAAUACUAAUACUACCACUCAGGAGGGGGACAGAUCACAUGAUACGAGUGGAGUGUCACAUGAUCAAAGCAAUGUAUCUCAAGACAGCAAUGGUCCCAAUACUCAAUCACAAACAGCACAAAGCUCUACUGCUCCACUCUCUAUUAGUGACUUGACACCACUCUUGACACCACUCUGGAAUACAAUAUCUUCUCUUCGCCAACAAGUGGAAUCCAUGCAGUCAGCCCCGCCCACUCACGGAUCACAAGCGUACCCUCAACACAUGUACCCCUCAGCUACUGGUUUAAUGAGCACAGGGCAAUCGACCUUUGUACCCGGGGGUGGUUCAUUCAAUACACCACUCCCCAACCAUUUCACUGGACCUUCUUCACACAGCUCAAUGCUGGGACAGUCAUCACGAUUUAAUUUGAAUCCCGUGUCCUUCCCAAUGUUUCCAUUUUCACCUGCUCCAGCAAAUUAUCGUUUCCCUUCACCUAUUAUACCGUUAGAGUCAUCUAGGCAACCAAUGAACUCUGACCCCAACACUGACUCAAUAGAUUCACAGCAAUAGAAUAAUUAAUUUGUUUUUGUUUACCUUCAGUUGGAAUGCAUAUUAUUUUGUUUUGGGGAUUUCCCCCAAUGCAUAUCAGGGAAUUUAUUUCAGUUCAAGCUUUCUAGUUUAGUGACCCUUUUGUUGUUUGUUUGGUUUUGGUUGUGAUAUUUGUUUGAGGAUCCUUA